CUUCCGUAGCCGGAAGUUGGAGUUGAGUCACUGUCUCUGCGGGAGCCGGAGGUGGUACAGAGAGGAUGAGUUAGUGAGAGCGACCGCAGUAACCACCACCAUCAUCACCGCCGCCUGAGGAGACUGAGAUACUGAUCCCUGGGACGGUGAGUUCAUUCAGUAAGUCACAAGGAGCAAACGCCGCACCUACGUCUCGACUUCUUUUAUUCAAAAUGAUGGAAGAAAUCGAUCGAUUUCAAGUGCCCACAGCCCGGUCAGAAAUACAACCGCUGGAUCCUACAGCCACCUCCAUCUCUGAAGGUGAGUGUGACACCCGAGAGAGCGAAUCUGUGGCAAUGAAUUACAAGCCAUCCCCACUGCAGAUGAAAAUAGAGAAGCAGCGAGAGCUAGCCAGGAAGGGAUCUCUGAAGAAUGGCACUGUUGGAAGCCCUGUCAAUCAACAGCCAAAAAAGAACAAUGUGAUGGCAAGAACAAGGUUGGUUGUACCAAACAAAGGAUAUUCGUCACUAGAUCAAAGCCCAGAUGAAAAACCUUUGGUUGCUUUGGAUACUGACAGUGAUGAUGACUUUGAUAUGUCAAGAUACUCUUCAUCAGGUUAUUCUUCAGCUGAGAUUAAUCAAGACUUGAAUAUCCAGCUCCUGAAAGAUGGCUAUCGGUUAGAUGAAAUUCCAGAUGAUGAAGAUUUGGAUCUUAUUCCCCCAAAAUCAGUAAACCCCACCUGCAUGUGUUGCCAGGCCACCUCCACUACUUGCAAUGUUCAAUAAUGUGAUUGACGCUUUCCACUGUAAUUGUAAAACUAACAGCCAUUGCUUCCUCCUAUGGUAGGACAUGCACUUUGUGUCCGUGUUUUGAAAAAAAAGCAAACCAUCAUUAUGGCAUUCAUAAGUGAGUGUGAAUGCAGUGUUGAAUUUGUGUGCGAUAGAAGGUGACAAUUAAUCCUACUGCUUUGCAGUGGUUGUAUUGUGUAAUCCUGAUACUUUUUUGCCCCCACCCAUCUGCUUCUGGAGUUGGGGCAGAGGGAAGAGACGAAAUAGAACACUACUUCAGGCAUGAUUGAAAGAUCAGUCAUGAGCUGAAAGCAAAGCAUCUGCCAGUUCUUUUGUUUACUAAUACUGGGCUGUUUAUAUUUGAAGUACACUAGUUUUUGUUGAUUGUAUAUGUUUACCAUUGCCUUUGGAGCCAAUGAUAUUUAACCUAAAAGUUGCGAAUUUUUUUAAAUAUUGUCUCAUUGUCUCUCUAAUUUAUAUCAUUUUUUAAUGUUAGAAGUUUCUAACUUUACAUUAACAUUCAGAAUUUGAUAAUACUGCUAUAGAAAUUUGUUAGAGUUUACACAGCUAUCCAAACUCUGCAAGGGUGUAAUCAGAGUACACUUUUUAGUGUACAGUUACUUGUGUAAGCAAGUUUUAGACCAUUAUCGUAAACAUUAGAUUUAAAGUUAUCUUCCCCUUGAAUGUAUGACGAUUUGAAAAGGGAAAUUUAUUUCAUUUCUAUAUGGUGGUCUCUUCCUUUCAGAGAAAAGAAACAUGAAAACAAGAUGCCUAUAAGACAUCUUUGUAGUAUUGUUUUGGAGAGAUGAAUUUUUUUGUGAUCUAUUUGUUGUUUGUAACUCUCCUUAAAGGUUACUAAUAUUGCUACCUUGGUUAAAGGAAUGUAGAAGAAUUGGUAAGAUAAAAACUGUAACGUUCGAAUGAGCAGUUUAUUGUAAGUUUACUAUAUAAAUAUUAGAAAUAGGCAGAAAUGCAAAUCUGGGUGUUGCACGGGCAACAUAAGUAAAAUGAAGCUGAGGAGUGUUUUUAGUGCCCUACACAUGAAAUAAUUAACAAAGUUAUGGGGAUAAUUAUAAUUUUAAUUUGGCAUCAUUUAUAAAUGGUCUUAUUAUACAUUAAAAUUUAGCAAGACCUCCAGGAAAUUUCCUGGAGGUCUAUGUUCCAUCAUUCUCAAUGACACAUUUCAUUUUUAAUUGGUUAAAAAAAAAUCAAUACACGCACUUGGCCAAUUAAGUUAUAAUCAAAGGAAAGUACAUGCUAGAUGAGUAGGUGAUUUGUGUUAAAUGUGUUGUCACUAGAGGUCCUCAUAAAGCAGGGACUGGGUUCAGGGUUCUGGGAAACUUCUUGGACUGUCAGUGUAACUUGGCUGUUGGGCACAUUCACUUGAUUGAAAAAGAUUUCUGCAGAUGCCUAUUUUACAAUCUGUUUUAUUUCUUGCCCACCUCCCUAAGACGAAGCACUGAACCUAUCAAAUAGCCAAUCAAAUUGUUAGAAAAAUCCAAAUAUCAAUUAUUGAGAAAUUUAAAUCUGCUUCAGCCGUGACUGAUCAUUUUAAACAAAAAGCAUAAUGGAUGAAAAUUCCUAAUUCUAAAAAGCUACAUAUCACAUUCCAAAGUGCAAAUAUCUUAAUCAAGAUUAUAAAUAUUUGAGCAGGAAAUCUAACCUAUAUAAUAUUUACUGCGUGUCUAAAUAAUUUAUUGUCUGUCUCAAAAGCUCAUUAUUGUUGAUAAUUUUAGUUAAUGUAUUUAUGUACAUAUAUUUAUUAAAAAAACUAAGCAGUAAUAUGUUAUCCAUGUGGCACUUGUAUUGAGUUAGACCAAAACUUAAAUAAUUAAUACUACUUCAUUCCUCACCUUGCUUAGUUGGAUACUAGUAUGAGAAGGAAUUUGAAGUUUAUGAUGACACUAGAAUGAACAAUUUUUUUGGCGUUUUGAAUUAAACAUUUUGUUAAAAAUCACAUGACGCCAGGUUAUAGGCCAACAGGUUUGUUUGAAACCACUAGCUUUCAGAGGUCUGCUCCUUCCUUGGAUGCAGUGUGGAGAGGUGGUAUAUGACACAGAAUUCUACCUCUGCCAUGCUACAUCUGAGGAAGAGCAGAGCUCCGAAAGCUGGUAUUUUCACAUAAACCUGUUAGAUUAUAACCUGAUGCCAUGUGAUUUUUGGCUUUGUCCACUCCAGCACUGGCACCUCCACAUCAUAAACUUUGUGUAUGAGACUCACUUAAAAUUAACAAGUUGUUAAAGGAGUCAACAGCAUGCUCAAUGUGUUGCCACUCAAUGCAUCAUGAAUCCCAAGCAGAAGUUAUUAGUGACCUCUCUUCCCCCACCCCACUUCAGAACCUUCAGAGAAAUUAAGUAUUGCUGAUUGGUGUUUCAGUACCACAAUGUUGUAUUGUAUAUGUUCUGGUAUGCACGUGUCCUGCGCUAACACUCCAUGCAAACAAAGUGACUUGUCCGAAUAACUUGGUCUUUGCCUUCAGGUUAAUGCUGCUGUUUGUUAAAGCUUCCACUUAACAAAAUACCCUAUUCCAGUAGAUGUGAUCUUGUUGCACUAUGACCAUCUUUAAUACAAUGAUGCUCACCAUGUGUAGGAUUUUGUCUUGUCUUGUGAUCUUGCAAUAUCAAAAAAUAUUUGAGGUGUAAAUUGCCCAUUUGCCAGAUCUUACUUAGACUGGUUCAAGUUAACAUUUCUUCCAGAAAUUCUGUUUCAUUUAAAAAUAAAACCAACUAUUGUAAAUCUGGAAGAAAACACAAAUUUCUGAAGAUGAUAUGCAAGUUUAUAAAACCUGAAUUUAAAAAAUUGUAGUAUUGAAGUUGGAAUUUGGCCUAUUGCCUGGUAAGAGAUUUUCAAAGCUCAAAAUCUAUUUCCUUGACCUUUUUAUCUACUACUUAUUUAAUCCUUCACAAAUAUUUAUUCAAUUCCUUUUAACCUUUAAGUCUCAAUCUCAUUAGUUAGCUGCAGUGAAGCACUUCAUAUUCAAUAGCUGCCUUCAUGACGAUAAUUAUUCUGAUGAUCCCCACCAUUCUUGUUAUGAUAACCUGUAGAUCAUGCCAAUUUAAGUAACCCCUCCAUUACCCCUCAGAUGGAGCUGUUCAGAUAAUCAAAUUUCUCUUCUUUUAUAUUCUAUGCUUUCCUACAUUAUCUUGUACAAAUAUUUAUUGUCCUAAAUAUCUUAUUCAUAAAAAUAAAUUAAUUCCUGCACCCUGUGCAUUAUAGCUAACUUUUAUCCAUGCCGCCUCAUCAUCUUGAUAACCAUAUUUCUCAGAAAACUUUUAAUGCUAAAAUCCUCUAAUAAUACAUUUACAUUUUAUUGUAGUAUUCAAAUAUUUUUACAUUUAACUCCUGUAAUGAAUCUUCAAACAAUAGCCAAUCAUCAAAUCAUGAUCAUACUUUUGCCAGAUUUCUGCAUCUUUGCUUUACUGAAAUAACAUGAAUCCCCGUUGUGUUAGCAGAAGGCUUAUCUGAUCCAGUCAUCAUUGAGACACAAUUUUCUCUAGUUAAACACUGGAGAGACUAAAACAGUUGUCUUUGACCCUGUCACUAAUCCACACGCUUGACUCUGUUCCCACCUCUUUUCUAGCUAAGGUUCCAAGCCAAAUCAGCAUUUUCUGACAAUGGCUAGUUUGGAUCUUUGUGCCCAAGAUAGUACAUUUUUGAAAAUUUCUCAGCUCACCACCGUUGCUUAGGGGAAACUCACUGAAUUGCUUAUGUUUUAAGCCUUCCAGACCUCACCUAUCCAAUUCACAUGUCCCAUCUGUGACAACUCAUGACCUGCGCCUACCCUCAAAUGACCUCUCAUGCCUGUAAUGCCAACUUAAUACCGAUUUAAUGCUAACACACCCACUGCCCCGAUACUGUCAAACUCCAUGCAAACUCGCCCAAUGUCUACCAUGACCACUACGAAGACCCAUGUUCCAAAAAAGUCUAAAUAUCUAUUGCAGCUCCCCAUAUAAUAAGAAAAAUCUCCCAUUCAUGAAGGUCUGCUCAUAAUGUUUGCAUCCUUUCGAAUGCUAAUCCUUUACAAACACAAACAAAUUCCAUUCCAUAUUCCAAUAUGAUAAUCCUUUAUUUACUAGUUUGUGUUUUCAUAUAAACUGAAGUUAGCUCAAGUUCCCCCAUUAAGGUUAUUAUGGAUUCUUGGGAAGUAGUCAAGCUUUAAUAAAGAGCCCUUAGGGUUAUGUCAACAAAUAACUGUUCUAACUGCUGGAACGGUGUUUUUUUUUCGCCUUUUACUAACACAGGAAAGCAAUUUGUUUUAUUGUUGGAGUGGGGAUUUAAAUAGCUUCACUGCUUGAAAAUUUCUAGAGACCUUCUCUCCCCUUCAAGGGCAUUUCUGUUCAGUCCAAAAAUUCAUAACUCCACACUGUCGAUUAAGACCUUUGCUAUGGUCAUAAUGGGGUCUGUUUGAAGUUGGAACUGAGUUUAGAUGACCCUGCUGAAUUCCGCUUUCCCUUGUGUUGAUUAUAUCCCACCCUCCUUCCCCUUCUAGCGAAAGUAGUAUCCGUCAGAAAUUGAAGUCUGGCAUUCAAGACCUGUCAGCCAGUUUUUAAGAUAAAUUCUGCUUACCCUCCACUAUUGAACUUCAAGCUGAACAUCUGACCCCUUACACUCCAUCACAAAAAAAGGUCUGGUUACAUCUUCAUAACAUCAUCCACCCUAUCCAACCUCUUCAGCCCAUCUACCAGUAAAACUCUCAUGACUUUAUUGCAGCCAACCUUGACCAUUACAAUAGCUUUUACUUCGUAAAAAUUUCAACUCAACCAAAUCUUAGCUAUCAAUAAUCUAUAAUCAAGAAUAGGAGCAGGAAUAUGUCAUUUGCCCUUCGAGCCUACUCUUCCAUUCGACAUGAUCGUGGCUAAUCCGAGUUAUCUACUGUCUCCCAUCUCUCCUAUGUUUGCUGGCCGAACUUGAUCAUUCAGUGCAUCCACUUUUAAAUUCACUUCAUUAUCUUUAAUCGUGUCAUGGCCUAGCUCCUUCCAUUUUUUUAAAACCUCUGUUAGCUGUACAAACAGUCUCUUCCAUUCGUGCUUAUGUAUUUUGCCCCUUUCCCUUUUGACACCACUACUGGAGUCACUAUCUAUAGCUGCCUAGGCCAAUAAUCAGGAAUUUUAUUCUUAACCACUUCUUUUUCACCAUUUUCCUCCCCUCUAAGAUCUCCAUUAAAUCCAACUUUUUGACCAAACCUGUGGUCAAACGUCUCCUGUCACUUGCUAUUGUUUUUAAUCUUUCUCUGAAGCGCCGUGGGAGCACUGUUCUCUGAAAUUUAAUGCAUUAUGUAAAGUGAAAACCAUAAUUGUUUAGUUCAAACUUAAAAUUGACUCCUUGUCUUGAUAUUCAGUUUCCAAAUGUGUGAUAUCCAAAAUUCUGGUUGUGCUGUUAAUAAUGUUUUAUGCAUUUCCACACUUCAAGUAUUUGUAUUCAUAUACCUAAAUCAUGCUCAUUCAAAAUUCUAUCAUCAGUAUUUCUGUUUUCUAAAAAUGUAUUCUUAACACAACUCAAUGUUGAGUUGUGGCUGGCAUCCACACCAUUUUAUUGUGUUUUCUAAAUCUCUUGCUUUUAUUGUUGCGUCAUUUAUUAUCUAAGUUUUGAUGGCAAUACAUUGCACAAUUAUAAGUUUAGGACAUGGACCCUUAAACUGAAAAUUAGACAAAAAGGACUGAAAGAAACUAUUUACUUAAUGGCCACUGAUUUUUCUUUAUGUAAAUGAAUUACCAAUAUUGUAAUGUUCAGGUCAUUAACAUAUUCAAUUCAAAUUCACAGUUUAAAAAGAAAUAUGUGUGUAAACUCUGAAGCUUUUGAGUGCUUGGGUAUCUGGGCACAUUAUUUAGAUUCUUCUUUAUGUGAGAAAGAUGGAAGCAAAAUAUUUUCAGGGUACUGGAGGAGGGAGAUUGAGCUCUCAUAGGUUUAAUUUAAUGUAUGUAGGGGUCAGAUUGCUGUUUCAUUGUAUAAUGUUUGUGAUCCUCUUGCAAUAUGACCUCAAUGUCAAAACAAAACUAUACCACAGUGAAACAAGUACAUUAAAUAUUUAAGCACUAUUUAAUAUUUUUAAUCUGACUGUAUUACAGGUGACAAUGAUUUGUAACAGCAUGUUUAAAUUAUUGUGCCGUAAGUUGUUUACAAAUAUAAAAUGAAGUAAUAUCAAAUUUCAGAUGACCUCCGCAACAAAUUUUCAGUCUAAUGAUUGUCAAUGCCCAACAAUGUACAAGAAUCUGAAAGAGAAUAAGUUUUCUGUUUCGAGUAAAGAUCCUUCAAGUGCCAAUAAUCUGCAGUCAAAAUACUGUUAUCUUUUUCUGUUCAGGCAUUGACGGAUGUUUUGUACGUUGUCCAGGUGUUUUGUUUUUAUUUCACAUAUUCAACAUUUGCAGUUUUCUUUUGAUUAUCUAUCCCUCAUGCAUUGAGCAGUCAUUAUCAUGUUGAGAAUGAUCAUUUUAAAAAGUCCAAUAUAAAACAAAACUUUUGCACCAAAACGUGAAAGUUGUCCGGACAGACCGUUCUAACUCUUCCAUGAAACUAAAAAUGACUGAUUACUAUAUUUUAAACAAAACAAAUAAGCCCAGAUUUACAAGUGUGAACAGCUUUUUUUUUUUUUGCAGUGUGCUUCAGCUUAGAAUCUUGGACUGCAAUUGUCUAUGCAAACUGACCUGAGGUUACAGCUUCAGCGUGUUAAUUGUUUUUACUUUUGUAUUAACUCAUGUAAUACAGAAAAUAUUCAGUUUAAAGUAAUUAUUUAGACACUGAGCUGAAUGUUUGUGAAGAAUUAUUGCAAUUUGCAUUGAGAAAGAUUUCAGGAUUCUUUAUUGUACAAUCAGCUCUGAUCCUGAAUUAUCGAUUUCAAUUUUAAUAUUUUAUCCUCCAGAAUUAGCUACCCAAAUACAUGAUUUUAUUUGAAAGCUUGUUUUCUGUGACGGAGAGUGAUCCAAUUGGUUCCUUGCUUCCUCCUCUUAGCUAUCCAAACGUGACUUAGACAUAUGUCUAGCUUGAAAAAGGAGGAGGGAAUUAAACUUGAACCAAUGGUGAUUGUUGCAUUCGAUGUAUUUUACAUGAUUGAGCAAUCCUGGUUCUGUACUUUCUUUUAAGGGUGUUUUGUGACUAAGCAUUGCAAGUGGAAGCUAUGAAUCCCACAUAUGGUGGCCAUUGCCUGUUUACAUUUGCUUCAAAAACUCUGUUUAGAAGAAGACUAUUUAGUUUGUUUCCCAAGCUUUUUGAAAAUUCAUCUAUCUUUUGCAUUGAUUUGGUUUGCAAGUAGAUGAUGCCUUAAACGUUUAGUUCAAAAAGAUUUUUAUUUGUUAUCAAGUAUUCAAAAAUAAUUUGUUUCACAUUUUUGAAAAUAGGAAUGUGUAUAGACUUUUUUUUAACAUUUUACAAUGCAGUAUUUGUCAUUCAUCCUUGU